UUUGAGCAUUAUAUAUAUAUAUAUUCCAACUCAUGGACUUGUGAACACUGGAUUUGGUUGCGCGAAGGAGACGCAGGGGCGCUGAGGCCAUGGUGGAGCUUUUAGCAACCUUUGGCGCUGCCGCCAAGGAGCUUUUCGACUACAAUCGAGAGAUGUACCAGUUCGAUCAGGGGCAACGGCUGGACAGAGAACUGCUUCGAUUGGAGAUGCAGAUCAAGCGCUUCCAGCUCUUUAGAGAGGAUAUCCGAGAUUUAGUGGAACUCACAGUGGCAAAGAUGGAGAUGUACCACGUGGUCGGAGCAUUGGUGCUGGAGUGUACUGUCAUUUACUACACCGAAGGAAGGAUUCGAACCUCUGCACCGCCCUUUUUGCUUGGGCUCUACUGGCUUUCGGCAGCUGGAACCUUCACCUACGUGCUGCUUUGUGUUUGGUUCAGCAUGUAUGCCUCAAUCUCUUCUCACAGCUUUGGAGUUCGUUUGCUGACGCGUUUUGUCCGGCUGCCGAUUCCGGGGAGUCAGCAGAUGUCUGCUAUGAACGCGCGCCUCACCGACUUUGAACGUCAAGGGGGAAACAUCAUGCGGAUUCCGUUCAUGCAGGGAGUGCCACAGUGGCAACAACGCCGCCGUGAUGCAGGGAAGAACCCCAGCUCUUCUACGGGCCAGGGCGAGGGUGACGAAGAGUAUCUCACAGCUGUGGUCAAGCCUGGUGAGAUGAAACAGCAGGAUCUAUUGGAGUCGGGUGUGGCGGGGUAUGCAGAUGAUGAAGGUGGCUUGCAGAAGGCCGCUGUGAACCUUCCGGGAAAGCACAUCAAGCUCUUUCGGGAGUUGCAGGCCAAGUGGCAAUGCUAUGAUGCGUAUGCACGUGUUUGCAUGUCCUUUGGAGUGAACCACAUUUGCAUGACAAUGUCUUACUACAUGAUUGGCUUGACUGUCUUGGAAUAUCGCUCGCCUUCAAUCAUGUUUGCUCUGGUGACGGUCUUCCAGGCUACAAAUUUGGCACUAGCUUGGUUGGAUGUGGCUGGUUUGAAACGAAAGACAACCACCUUGCUGGAGUUUAUUGGCGCUGUGCCACCGUUCCUCACGUGUUUUUGCAUGGCCUGGGCUCCUCAUCAGGAAGAAGGGCGAGGCCAGUUUGAUCCUGCUCACGAGUUUCCAUAUGCCUGCAUCUCUUUCUUCAUCACAGUUGUCUGGUUGGAAGGGCUUCUACACUUGGCAUGGCCCAGUGAAGAUUUGGCAAUGCUGCCAAAGCGAUUUCGUUCGGUGCUCUUCUUAGACGUGUUUGGCAUGGCUGAUGAUGUGAAAGCUGGCGAGGAGACAGCAGGUCAGCCACUGGUUGAGAUCUCCAGGGAAGAGGCAGAAGCCGCUGAUGAGGCAGUCAGCCUGGCAGAGGCGGCUGUGAGGCGGUGGAAUGCCCUUCCCAUGGGCACUGAGGAGGCACAGAAGCACCAGGCAGAAAUCCAUCGUUUGCAUGCCCAAGCAUUGAUGUGGCGCAAGGUUCUCAACGGGGAGGCUGCCAAGCGUGCUCAAGCACGGGGAGAUAUCCACGAGCUGGACCUGUUGGAACCCGACCUGCGAAGAUGGAAUCAACUCACCGAGGAGGAGAAGGAAGAAGACCCCUUUGCUGAUUCGCUCCUUGGACCUUUCCAGAAUGCUCAGGGUGAGGUGUACUACUAUCACCUUGAGAGCAUGCAGUUUGUUUGGAAGCCAGAAGAGCAGGGCGUGCUGAGUCUUACUCAGGUGAGUACGUUGGUGAAGGAUGCCGAGCACACUGUGACCGAUUUGUUCCACGGGAGGGAAGACCUCAUGCAGAGUGAUGACAGCGACAUGGAAGUCACCACCAGAACCGUGAUUGUUGAAUCCUGCUUCUAUGUCUUGCGUGGAUGCAGUAAACGCCGAAGACCGAUGGAGCGGGAGCGGCGCUUGCCCUGGCGGGUGCUGUUGUCAGUCACGCGAGUCAGUCAAUUGAGCUGGUUGUUCCUGGGCCUUUCAAUUCUUGGUCAGAACACCGGUGUCUUGCCGAAAUUCGACCUUUUGGUUCUAAAGAGCAAGGAGGAAGAGGAGAAGACCAAGGAGGAAGAGGAGCACGGUGAAGCUGGCGAGAGGAGGAUGCAGGCGCUUGGAAGCUCUGGAAGCUCUCGAAGUUCUCAGUGGGACUUUGAAGUUCUGAAUGUUUCUGCCUGGCCCAAGGGAAUCACUUCGACGAUGUCGUGUCUACCCACUCAAGGAGGCCAUGUGUACAUGACGACAGACGGAAGCACAUCCGUAUGGAGCGCCCCGAUACUUGUGGGCCAAGCGCUGUCAUUUCAGGCGGCUGGCGUGCUUGUGUCCCCAGCUGCUACUGCGAUGCUAUGUCCGAGGGACCAGGAGUUUAUCCCGUGCUUCUUGGAAGUGGUUGAGAACGGUUUCAAGUUGCAGCUUCAAGAAGAGAUUGUCAAGGUGCCAGCUCCGUUGAUGCCAAGUGUUGGGUCCCUUCGUAAGAUCACAGGCGCAGCAAUGCGCUGCAAGAUCUUGGCACUAGGUCACGAAGUCUCUGGUUUCGAAUGGUGCCUUCUGCUGGCUGGCUGGGAUGGGCGGCGCUUGCCUGUCUCAGUUUUGGCCUUGCCGCACUCAGACAACCCAGGUGUCCUGACCGCCCUGCCACUCUUUGAUGUCCUAGCCAACAUGGCACCUGAGUCAUGCACUUCGGCGGAGGUCGCAAGCUUGGGCAUGGAGGCGUCCGGAAUUCUUUGGGUCUUGUGGUCGAAUGGCCGGCUGGAUGCCUUCAACCUGUUGAAGGGUCGGCAUGAUGGUUCCUGGAGACCGCACUGGCCCAUGCAGCCGCGCUCAGUGUGCCCCAGUCCUUUGGGAGACGCACCAGGCUCCCGGCUAUUGAUCCUGGGCUCUCGUGGCCCCUGGCCGGAGCUCUGGCGAGGGGCGAUUCGCCAGGUCAUGUGAGCACUAAGCGGCAGAGCCAGAGCCACGGAGGUUUGAAACUGAAACCAUGUGAGGAGAGAGAGGUGAGGAGAAACAUGUUUGAAC